UUCCGGCUUGCUCAUUUUGGCUCCUCCUUCUCCGUAUCAUCUUCACAACCUGAUCUGAUACGUUGCUUUGGAUCUACGGGAAUGGCGUAGCAGCUCACCCUGCAUCCACCGCUCCACGUGCCAACCAAACUUUUUCCUGCGUCCCUCAGGAGAGAACCUAUACCUUAAAUCUCCUAAGCACAGUCCAACUCUGGCAUGAACCAGUGACCCUUCCCACUUCCUCGGCGUGCUCCCAAUGCCGGAGUCACCGACAUCCCCGGCCAAGCCCCCCUCGCCGCCUGGAUCUCCAGUCAACGCCGCCACGCCUUCCGCGGCGUCGGUGUUGCUGCGAGCCGCCGUGGUGCUCCUUGCUUUCCUAGCCCUACAGCUUGUGCUCUUCAAGUCCCUGCUGAAAUUCCCCAGCACACGGUUCCUCCCGGCCCCGGGACGCUGCAACAGCACCUGGGCCAACGGCCCGGUCGAAGCCGGCGCGUGCAAGGCCGGCUUGAUCUACGUCUACGACCUACCGCCGGAGUUCAACCACGAACUCGUCGGCGACUGCAAACGUCUCUGGCCGUGGUACUCCUUCUGCCCGUACCUAUCCAACGGUGGCCUGGGCCGUCCGUGCGCCACGGUGCCGGCCUUCUCUGGCGUGGUGCCGAACGCGUCGCUGCCCAACUGGUACAACACCGACCAGUUCCCUGUAGAGAUCAUCAUCCACCGCCGCAUCCUUGCCCACCGGUGCCGCACCACCGACCCGUCGCUCGCCACCGUGUUCUACGUGCCGUUCUACGCCGGCCUAGACGUGGGCAGUCACCUGUGGGGUCUCAACGCCACCGUCGCGGACCGCGACCGCGCCGGCACGCGGCUCCUCCGGUGGCUCACGAACCAGACCUCCUUCCAGAAGUCCGGCGGGUGGGACCACUUCAUGACGCUCGGGCGCAUCACGUGGGACUUCCGCCGGUAUAGCGACGACGCGUGGGGCUCCAACUUCGUGCUCAUGCCCGGAAUGGGCAAUGUCACCCGCCUCGUCAUCGAGAGCGACCGGCAGGAUCCCAUGGACGUCGGCGUCCCGUACCCGACAGGCUUCCAUCCGCGCGCCGCCGCCGACGUGCGCGCGUGGCAGCGUCACGUGCUGUCCCGCAACCGCACCAACCUCUUCGGGUUCGCCGGCGCGCCGCGCUACGGGUUCAGGAACGACUUCAGGGACGUGCUGCUGGAUGAGUGCGAGGACGCCGGGCACGCGUACUGCCGCUCAGUGGACUGCCGCGGCCAGAGGUGCAACAACGACACCGCGGCGCUAACGAAGCUUUUCCUGGACUCCAAGUUCUGCCUGCAGCCGCGCGGUGACAGCUACACGCGGCGGUCGCUGUUCGACUGCAUGGUGGCCGGGGCCGUGCCGGUGCUGUUCUGGCGGAGGACGGCGUACGACCAGUACCGGUGGUUCCUGCCGGCGGGGCAGCGGGGGAAGGAGGGGGAGUGGUCGGUGUUCAUGGACCGGCGGGCGCUGAGCGUGGGCAACGUGAGCGUGCUGGAUUUUCUGCAGGGGUUCAGCGAGCAGCGGGUGCGGCGGAUGCGGGAGCGCGUCGUGGAGAUGAUUCCGAGGCUGGUGUACAGUUCGUCGCCUCAUGGGCUCGGCGACGGCAUGGCGGACGCGUUCGAGGUGGCGUUGGAUGGCGUGUUCAAGCGGUUCCGCCGGCGCCGGUGGAGCAUUGAGCGUGAAGGUCCCCCAUCUGGCACUUCCGUGGCGGUGCGUGUCAACGGUACAUCGUUGGCGCCUCCUACUUCUAACGGCAGAAAUAGGUCGGUGAUCCGCCGCAGGCGCCGCCGGCACGUCUCACGGGAUAGAUCGAGGCGAGUGGUUUCGUCGCAUAUAAGAAGCGUCAUCUCCCAAGGACCGGCAUCAGGACGCCAAAAUGUGCAGACAUCUUGACUAGGUGAAAAGACCUAAGCAUUUCUGCUUGAGACAUUGCUGAAGUUGUGCUAGCUAGAUCUCGGAUCAUGGAGCGAUCAACGGGUCAAAUUCGCGAGAGGUGAUCCAGCAGAGAGGCGAUCUGGUGGGUGUUCAUACUGGAGAAGAAUGGGAUGUACUGCUGCUAGCCCAGGGUUUAAGAAAUGGUUAAACUCGUAGAUUAGUUUACUGUCAAGGUGCUACGGACGAUGCAUCCGUGUUUAUUGCAGUUGACCAGGAGACGGAUUUUUUACGGGCUCUAGAAGGUGGCCAUGAUCACCUACUGACAGCGCUGUGAUUGUAUACUCGGCACAAGUUUUAAGGAAUAGUAAUAUACUUAUACAAUUUGAUUGAAU